AUGGCUAUUGGUGAAAUCCCUGUAAGAGGUUUCCUCUUUGAUGGCAUAUACAUCACCAAGAUGAUAGAAGACCCGAGAAUAUUCUAUAUGUGGUCAGUAGUUUUUGACACAUUCAAACAGUUUUCUGGUUUUCCUCUCACAUUAGGCGCCACUGCAGUGCCACAAGGCCAAGCAACUGGGAGUGUGACAGGCACCACUGGCCCAGCUGUUGGCACAACUGUUGCACCUGGCAGUUCCAACACAGAAACCACAACUUCCACAGGAGGAAGUAAGGCUACACAGGGAAGAUUGCCAGGAGGCACCUCUGUCACACCUGGGAGUCCAGGGACUGGAAGUGGAACAGAGGCUACAACAUCAACAGAAGGCAGUGGCACAUCGAGAACUGGAUUCAGAACUGAGGCCACUACUUCCACGGAAGGAAGUGGGACUACCCAAGCAGGACUUGUAGGAGGUACCACAACACUUUCACCUGGAGCCAGCAGCAGUUCACAGACAACCAAACCAGGCACCUCUGUCACACCAGGGAGUCCAGGGAUUGGAAGUGAAACAGAGGCCACAACAUCAACAAAAGGCAGUGGCACAUCUGGAACUGGAUUCAGAACUGAGGCCACUACUUCCACUGAAGGAAGUGGGACUACCCAAGCAGGACUUGUAGGAGGUACCACAACACUUUCACCUGGAGCCAGUAGCAGUUCACGGACAACCAAGCCAGGCACCUCUGUCACACCUGGGAGUCCAGGGACUGGAAGUGAAACAGGUGCUACACAGGAAUUCCCCAGGACAACCAUUUUACCUGAGAGUUCCCACACAGAGGCCACAACGGUAACAGAAAGCAGUGGCACUUCUGGAACUGGAUUCAGAGGUGCUGGCACUCCUGGAACAGGAUCCAGACCCGGCGCCACUGCAGUGCCACAAGGCCAAGCAACUGGGAGUGUGACAGGCACCACUGGCCCAGCUGUUGGCACAACUGUUGCACCUGGCAGUUCCAACACAGAAACCACAACUUCCACAGGAGGUAGUAAGGCUACGCAUGGAAGAUUGCCAGGAGGCACCUCUGUCACACCUGGGAGUCCAGGGACUGGAAGUGGAACAGGUGAGGGUGACAUAAGACCUCCUUUCUUUUUCACUAGGAUCUUGGAAAAGGGAACUCCAGUAGCAACAAUGAUCCAUAGAGGCUACAAUGUCAACAGAAGGCAGUGGCACAUCUGGAACUGGAUUGAGAACAG